AGGCGGAGCUCACGACUGAUGCAAUCCGGCCUCGUGUUGCCGACUUCCCCUUCUCUCUUUCGGUUGAUGCACGGAUGAAUUGGAGGCGUGGAAGUGUCCUGCCAACUGCCUUCUAGUGCGGAAGCAGUUUUGUUCCUCCUCCUUCUCCUCGAUCAUCCGCUGAGCUCAGCCUUGAAUCAACAUCAUCAUGUGUGGCAUUUGGGCUCUUUUUGGGAGCGACGGAUGCCUCUCUGUUCAGUGUCUGUGUGCCAUGAAAAUAGCACACCGGGGGCCGGAUGCUUUCCGAUUUGAGAACGUCAAUGGAUUCACCAACUGCUGUUUUGGCUUCCAUCGUCUGGCAAUUGUGGAUCAGCUGUAUGGAAUGCAGCCUCUACGGGUGAAGAAAUUUCCCUACUUGUGGCUGUGUUACAAUGGAGAAAUCUAUAACUACAAGCAGCUCCAGAAACACUUUGGAUUUGAUUACCAGACGUUAGUAGAUGGAGAAGUAAUCCUACAUCUUUACAACAGAGGGGGAAUUGAGCAAACGGCUUCUAUGCUUGAUGGCGUAUUUGCCUUCAUUUUGCUUGACACUGCAAACAGGAAAGUGUUUCUGGGAAGAGAUACAUACGGAGUUCGCCCGUUGUUUAAGGUCCUGACGGAUGAUGGAUUCUUGGGUGUUUGCUCUGAAGCAAAAGGACUUAUUGAUUUGAAACACAACAUGUCCUUUGCUCCCAAAGUGGACCCUUUCCCUCCAGGACAUUAUGAAGUCUUGGAUUUAAAGCCAAGUGGCAAAGUUGCAUCGGUGGAAGUGGUGAAAUUUCACAGCCCUAAAGAUGAACCUCUGCACGCUGCUUACAGUACAGUACAAAAUCUGCCCUCAGGUUUUGAUGUCGAAACAGUGAAGAGCAACAUCCGGAUUUUGUUUGAAAAUGCUGUUCGAAAGCGUUUAAUGGCUCACCGAAGAAUUGGCUGUCUCUUAUCAGGUGGCUUGGAUUCUAGCUUGGUUGCUGCAAUGCUGAUCAAAUUGAUGAAAGAACAAAAUAUUUCCUACCCCUUGCAGACCUUUGCUAUUGGAAUGGAAGAUGCCCCUGACCUGCUGGCUUCAAGAAAGGUAGCAGCUCACAUUGGAAGCCAACAUCAUGAGGUCAUUUUUAAUUCUGAAGAAGGGAUUCAAGUCCUUGAAGAUGUUAUAUUUUCCUUGGAAACAUAUGAUAUCACUACUGUACGAGCGUCAGUGGGCAUGUAUCUGAUCUCUCAGUACAUCAGGAAAAAAACAGACAGUGCAGUCAUUUUCUCAGGAGAAGGUUCAGACGAGCUGACGCAAGGCUAUAUCUAUUUUCAUAAGGCGCCCACUGCGGAAGAAGCGGCAGAGGAGAGCGAGAGACUUCUCAGGGAACUCUAUCUGUUUGAUGUUCUCCGAGCCGACAGGACAACCGCUGCCCACGGUCUUGAACUGCGAGUUCCAUUUUUAGAUCACCAGUUUACCGCUUAUUAUCUGGGCUUGCCAGCAGAACUCAGAAUACCAAAAAAUGGAAUUGAAAAGCAUCUCUUAAGAGAGGCCUUUGAAGAUACUAACUUAUUGCCCAAAGAAAUACUGUGGAGACCAAAAGAAGCCUUCAGUGAUGGCUUAACUUCUAUCAAGAAAUCGUGGUUCUCAAUAUUGCAAGACUACGUUGAUGCUCAGGUUGAUGACUUUUUGUUGGAGAAGGCAGCAGAGAAAUUUCCUUUCAACCCCCCAAAGACAAAAGAAGGCUAUUACUAUCGUCAGAUCUUUGAGAAGCACUAUCCGGGCCGAUCCGAUUGGCUCACCCACUACUGGAUGCCGAAAUGGAUCAAAGCCACUGACCCUUCUGCCCGCACCCUGCAGCAUUACAAGUCCGCUGCAAAGGAAUAGGCACUUUUAAGGGAAGGGCAGGUAUAAGAUUUAGGCAGGUACGUCUUCAUAGGAAGCUUCUGUCAACUUGUGUGGGACAGUGAGAAAAUACAGCUUUAAAAUAAAAUAAAAACACCUACUUGAAUUAUUUUUACAUAAAAUGGGUCUGUGCUUUUUAGAAUCAUAGAGUUGGAAAAGACUAUAAGAAGCAUCCAUUCUAGUUCCCCAUCGUGCAGGAAUACGUCAUUGUUAUUUCAACAAAUGUGAGAAACAAAUUAAUAUUAUGAUGAAUCUGCAUUUUAAGAUGACGUGUUUCAUAUUUUCCAGCAGUGGAUGGGAAAUAUCAGAUCUGAGGGUUGUUAUUAUGUAUUCUGUUGAAUGCUUUUAUGGCCGGAAUCAUUGGGUUGCUUUGAGCUUUCCGGGCUAUAUGGCCAUGUUCCAGACGUCUUCUUUCUUGACGUUAAAAAACAACACUUUGAAAACGAGAAUUCCAGACAUGAAACAAUCAGAGCCAGCUAACACCUCUCAACAAAGGAUUCCUCUAGGCAGGAAUCAGUCAGGCUUUGAAGCUGCAAGGCUUUCAAUGCUAAUCAAGGUGAUUAAUUGCAAAAUUCACACUAGCCUCCAACAGACAAGAGUUCUUUCUUCCACCCUGGACCUUUCACAGAUAUAUAAACCUCACUUGCCUAGUUUUCAAUAGAUCUCACGGCCACUGAGGAUGCCUGCCAUACAUGUGGGCGACUGUCAGGAGAGAAUGCUUCUGGAACAUGACCAUACAGCCUGGAAAACUCGCAGCAAUACAUUAUUAUGUUUAUUUAUACCCCACCUUUUCUCUCCACAAGGAGUUCUACUAUUCACUCAAAAGUACAAGAAAUGAACCAUGAAUAAUUAUUGUUCAUUGUUGUUCCUGCCUCUGCUUUGAAUACCUUGUCUUUUAAUCAUUCCCUUCAAUUCAUUGUUUCCUCAAUUCUCUUCUCCUUUAACAAAAUCCUUCCUUUCCUGUUUUCACUUUUAUUUUAUGUUGUUAUACACUUAACAAAAACAAAAUAAAAACAAAAAGGACAGAAAAUAAAAAAUUACAAAAAUCAGAUAUAUUUCAUAUUUAGAAUAGUGCUUCACUUUGUGUCAAUUUAAGAGAAAAAAAAUAGAAUGAAGUGCCACGACCAGAUUAUUAUAGGAUACAAAUAACAAGUUCUGGCGUUAUGUAUAUUACAUUAAUUUUUGUCAUUUUGGUCCUAGGGUCAGCUAAGAUGUUUUAUGGGAUUUUAAGUGAUGUUCUGGCAGAUGUCAAAUAGAGUUAUCCUUAUUUAUAAGUGAAAUAAAGAAAACCCAAAUUUGGUCAAAAUUA